AUGAUUGUUCAAGUUAACAAAAUUAUAAAUUAUAAUUCAAUUUCAAACAGAAGGUCUCACUUGAAUAAUCAUGAACCAUUGUGUAUUGUACACGGUUGUUCAAAUGGUUUACAAUCUAAUGCAUCCAUACAAUAUUUUGGUGUACCAGUUCAUAUUGGAAAUAUUUCUGCAGCUUGGUAUAAAAAUACAAUGCGCACUGAUCUACGUCCAUCACAUAUACAUCGUGUAUGUGAACAACAUUUUGAAGAGUCAUGUUUUGAUUAUGUUGGAAAUGGAACUAAAGUUCUUAAACCAAAAUCAUUACCAACAUUAUUUGAUUUAGAAGUUUUCUAUAAAAUGAUUUCAUUUCAAGAUAAAUUACAAGAAAAAACAAAUAAAAAAACAAAUAUUACAUUUCAUACAAGUAAUCCUGAAAUUGAUGGACGAACAUUAGAGCCAAUAUUGAAAUUAGAAAGUGGCCAUGUUAAAACACGUUUAGCACCAACAAUGACAGGAAAUUCUUUUCAACAAGAACAAUUAGAUAAAAAUCAACAGUCAUCAUUUAUUGUUAAUAAAACAACAUUAAAUCAUCAUGACAAUUUUGAGAAUAAAGCAUCAAAUCGUUGUCAUGUUGAUGGUUGUAUACAUAAUUAUGUUGCACGUCGCCAUCGUGUACAAUUAUAUAAAAUUCCACGCGAUUCAACUAUUGCUCGUCAAUGGCUUGAUGCUUGUGGUUUUGAACAUUUAUCAGUUUCACCAUUAACAUCGACAUUUAAAGUUUGUCGUGAACAUUUUACACCGAAUGAUUUCGAAGCACCAACAACAUUACGACCUAAUGCAGUACCAUCAUUAUUUACAACACAUUCUCGAUCAUUGAUGGAUAAACAAAAUCAAUCGCCAACAAAACGAUUUCGAUCUGAUAUGGCUAGUAUGCGUACAAAACAAACAAUUACUAAUGUUAAUUAUAAUAAACAACGAACUACACAGUUACCUUAUCGUAAUAAUAAUAAUAAUAAUAAUAAUAAUAAUAAUAAUAAUAAUUUGCAAAAACAACAAGAACAAUCGAAUCAAACUCUUUCAUUAUCACCUAACUGUGAAAAUUUUGAUGAUAGUAAUAAAGAAUUAAAUAUUGAUGCAAAACAAAAUGACACAAAUUUAAAUAUGUUUUGUUUUGAAGAACAAUUAUCAGAAUAUCAAAUGGCACAUUGUCCUGUCAAAGCUCUUGAUCGAACCGAUACAACUAGUGGUGCAGCAAUGAAACCGCGUAAUCCUGUUGGCCGUCCACGUAUACAUCCACGUUAUCCACCAUCACAAACAUCACCAGCACUACCACAAUCAUCACAACUUCGUCGUUCAACAUAUGUUGAUGAUGAUGCAGAGGAAUUCGGAGAUUUAGAUGAUUGGAAUGCAGAUGAAACUGAUCAAAAUGAUACAGUACGUGAUCGUGAUUGGAUUAAUCGUCAACAAGAUGAUCGAUUACCAUGGUCAAAACGACCUAAUCCAACAGUUAACACGUAUUCAUCAGCAUACCAACGAGGUAAUAGUACAAAUUCUUAUCGAAAUGUCCGACAACCAAUGCCAUUGCAACAACAACAACAGCAGCAACAGCAGCAACGUUCUACGAAUAGUAAUCAACAACGACCAACACGCGGUCAAUUUUAUCAAACACAAUUUGUUAAACCAGAACCAACACGCAAAGCAACUAUCCCUUUUCUACAACCAGCUUUUGCGUCCAAUGCUGCAAUACAAUAUCCACGUGAUCAACCACUACCUCGUCUUAAACCAGGCACAGUUAGAACAAGAGAAGAAGGUCUUGAAGUUGAACUUGAACUUACAUAUAAACGAGCUCUAUCAAAAUAUUAUGGUCAGAAACCCGGUCGAAAUUUACCACUAUCUGAGUAUGGAGAUUUUCGAACUCAAUGUCCUGUUUGUGAUGAUCAAAUAUUUGAAAAUAAUAUUCAAUUGAUAAAUCACUUAUAUCAACAUUUUGAUCAACAACAACAGCAAAAUAACGAUGAACGUCAGUUUCAAUCGAAUUCACCAUUUGAGCAAAUCACUACAAAAUGUUCACAUUGUCAAUCAGAAUUUUCUAAUCCAUAUUUUCUUGCUAUACAUAUUGAUGAUAAACAUAUGCUUGAAAUGAAUGAAUAUCAAUGUCGUAUAUGUGAACAACGUCAUACAUCGUUAUUAGAAUUAAUAGCACAUUUAAAUCUUUGCCAUUGUGGCUUAGAAAUGCCGUAUUUUUGUGAAGUAUGUUCAUUUCGUACUUCAAUGCAUGCUGAUAUGAUCUAUCAUAUUGAUGAAGUACAUAAAGGUACAAGAUAUUUCUUUUGUCCAUACUGUUUUCUUGCUAUUGAAUUACCGUUUAUGACCAAUUCAUCCCAUACAUUAAAUGGUUCAUUAGCAUAUAAACAUUUAUUACUUCAUUUUAAUAAAGUUGACCAAGGACGUAUAGUACAAUCAAAAUUUAAGCAUUGUAGAAAAUGUAUUUUACAUAUUGCAUCAAUGAAAGAUCAUUUACAACGUGAUCAUUUAAAUAUUGUUGAUGGAAUAAAAGCCACUUAUUACGAAGAAGGAAAUAAUCCAGAUAAACAAAGUGAUGAAGAUGAACAAGAUGAUGAUCCAAUUAUGGAUACAUCUUCUUCAUUACCAGCGGAAAAGUCUUCAACAGCAAGAUAUAUUACUCCGGCGAAAAGUGGAGAAUAA